AUGCCGACCACAAAGAAAGUCACCAACGAAGCCACCGGGCCUCAACGUGCGAGCGAUUUCAAUGGUGCGCUACAAGCCGUGCCAGGACAGUCCGCCAUGAUGCACGUGUUGCAAUACUCAUACAUGGCACAGACUACACUUCGGAAGUGCGACUUUGAGGCGCUGAUCGAGGCGUCCCAAGAGGCGGGCAAGAUCCUGCAUGAAUGCGGUUCACCGAUUGACUGCACAGGAAGUCAAACUUGGCCUGAGGAUGCGGAAAGGAUCAACGCGCAGAUCAAGGAAAAGUACAGCGAGUUUCCAGCAGUUACCGGCGGAUUUAAGAGACAUGUUGAGCAUGCGAGGGCCGCGAUCGCAGCGAGCAAGUGA